AAAAAAAGUCACAAAUAUGUGUUGUUGUUUUUGACAAAUCCUCUGAAAAAUGGCGACUCUCUUCACCGCGACGACGACUCCUUCCAACCACCAUCUUAUCUCUUCUUCGCAACACCCUAAACAGAACCUUCAAUCUCAGCCUCUAAGCGUCUCAUUCACGGAGAAUCAGGCACAUGCAUCAGUCGCAUUGCAGCAGCAGCAGCAGAUGACGGAUUGGGUUGCUUCUCCGGUGACGCGACGGUUCGGCAUCGGUGUCGGAUUUGCCUGGGCGGGGUUUCUAGCUUUCGGAGCUGUCUCCGAGCAGAUGAAGUCACGACUCGAUGUGUUCCAGGAAGACAAUAACAUAAGAGUUUUAGAGAAGCAAGAAGAGAUCGUCUUACCAAAUGGCAUAAGGUACUAUGAUCUACAAGUUGGAAGUGGAGCUACUCCAAACUCAGGAUACUUGGUUGUGUUUGAUGUAAAGGGACAAGUACAUGGAACAGAACAAGUGUUUGUCGACACUUUUGGAAGCAAGAAGUCACUUGCGAUGGUAAUGGAUUCAAGACCAUAUAGCAAGGGGCUAUGCCAAGGGGUGGAGUUUGUUCUGAGGUCAAUGAAGGCUGGAGGUAAACGUAGAGUGAUCAUUCCACCUUCCUUAGGGUUUGGAGAUAAAAAUGUCGAAUUCGGACAGGGUCUGCAGAUCCCUCCAUCUGCAACACUUGAUUAUACCAUCGAGGUUGAUACAGUCUAUUGUUUCCAAACCAUUGUAUGAGAGAUUAUGAAGUUCACAAUGUGUAUUAAAGUUUCACAACAUUUUUUUUUUCUGUGAGCAAAGAGAAUCUCUUAAAUAAUCAAAGAACAUGUAUUUUUUUUUUCUGUGUGCAAAGAGAAUCUCUUCGUUA